AUGGAUUCUCAUAAUUAUGAUGCUGAUUCAACAACAGAUAAUUGGAAUAAUAGACCAUCGAAUGAUAACAGUGAGACACCAACAAUAAAUUCAUCGAAUCCAAACUAUAAUCCAGUUGCUGAUUCAUUUGCUUAUAAAGGAAAAACGGAAUUACAACAAGGUCAACAACAAGCUGAAAACAUUGUUUCAAAGGCAAAAAAACUCGUACAACAACAUUGGGAACAAACUCGUCAUACACUUGUUCGAGCACGAAAAAGAGUUAGCGAAAUGGUACCACAAUCAGCCAAUAAUCUUAUUUAUUGGAGAAAUCCAAUUCUAUCUGGCCUUGUUUUUGGUGUUUUAUUAUCUGUUAUUAUAACAUUUAUGUUUUUGUCAUCCUUGGCAGCUAUUUCAUUUUGGUUACUCGCUUCUCUUGUUGUCGUUGGUCUUUAUAAAUUAUAUAAUUAUGUCAUGUUGACAUUCGUUGGACGUGCUCAGGAUGACAUAUUUGAUUCAAUGUUUCCACCUGAUAUGUCUAUUUCGGAACAAAAGGCUCGCGAUUUGGCUAAUGCUAUUCGUGUUAAUGGAACAAGUGUAUUAAAACAUUCAAGAAAUCUUUUCUUAUGGAAAAAUUUAACGACUUCAAUUAUUUUUGGUGUUAUACUUUUUGCCUUCUUCUAUAUUGGUUUAUCAAUGAAUGCAUUAACAUUUGUACUUAUUGGCUUAGUUUUCUUAUUUACUGUACCAAAGAUUUACCAAGUAUAUCAGGUACCAAUUGAUCGUACAGCUAAGCAAGUACUCGAUCAAAUCAACCAACUUUUGGCUAAAGUCACACCAAAAUCACAAAAUAAACCAAAAAAACCUUAA